UAAAUUAAGUGGUUUACGUGAAAGUUCUAGCAUCUACAAAUGGCGGUAUAUAUACUGGAAUUUUCAUUUUAUUUUUACUAGUAAUGGCGGUGAUCAGCGACUUAUAGUGGAACUGCGGUGGGCAUUCUAACACUCUGGGGAACUGACUUGGUGUCACUGACAUCCCCAGUGACACCAAUACGGUGAUCAGUGCCAAAUAAAAAGCACUGACACUGUAUUAAUGACAAUGGGCAGGGAGGAGUUAACAUGUGAGGUGCUCAAAGGGUUAACUGUGUUCUGUUUUACUGUAAGCUGUCUCGGGCACACUCCUUUGGAUGGCUGUGCACAGCACAGCCAUCCAAAGCAGUGUGCUUACAGUGAAGCAAACUUACACCACCCCCUAGUAAAACACACCCAGCAU